AAACCCAAAACCACUACACGCAGUCCCUGAAGCAGCGGAUACGAUUCUCCGCGAUGAUACCUCUCCUCCUCCUCUACCGCCACUCUACUCCCUAUCCACAGCGACUCCUAAAACCCUAAUUCCGAUCCGAUCGAAACGUAGGGUUUCGUACUCUAAACCUUUGAAGCUUUCACUAUCGAUCCAUGGGAACUCUCCCCAGCUCCUCUCUCCUCAAUCCGAGCUUCCGAUUCCGCCAACUACCCCACCUCGGGAGCUUCCGAUUGAGGGAUUCGGUUGUUUCGCGGAGGGGUUCGAGGGAUUUGUGCGUAGUUUGUAAGGAGAGAUUGGGCAAUUGGAGGUUGGGGAGGCGCCGGGAGGGGUUUCGGUGCUUCUCGAUCAAUGGGAACGAAGAGGGGGAGGAGAAUGGGGCGGGGCCGUCCACAAAGCCAGCGGAAGAGGGGGAGAAGAGGGUGGGUGGUGAUGAUUCGAGCUCGGAGCGAACCCGUGCGUCUGUUUCAUCUAGGACCCCAGGCAUAUCCUCGGAUGGACCACUGUACAGUAGCUUUCAAGUUGAUUCAAUAAGGCUAAUGGAACUCCUAGGACCUGAGAAGGUAGAUCCUUCUGACGUCAAGCUUAUAAAAGAAAAGCUCUUUGGCUACUCAACUUUUUGGGUCACUAAAGAAGAGCCAUUCGGUGACCUUGGUGAAGGAAUUCUCUUUCUUGGUAACUUGCGUGGGAAGAGGGAGGAUGUUUUCGCCAAACUUCAGCAGCAGCUUCAUGAAGUUACAGGCGAUAAAUACAACCUGUUCAUGGUAGAGGAGCCCAACUCAGAGGGCCCUGACCCACGUGGUGGCCCACGUGUCAGUUUUGGUUUGCUGCGAAAAGAGGUCUCUGAGCCGGGGCCUACUACUCUUUGGCAAUAUGUUAUUUCAUUGCUUCUAUUCCUCCUAACUAUUGGGUCUUGUGUAGAACUAGGAAUUGCAUCUCAGAUAAACAGUCUUCCUCCUGAAGUAGUGAAGUACUUCACUGAUCCAAAUGCUACAGAACCUCCUGAUAUGCAGCUCUUAUUCCCAUUUGUGGAAUCUGCUUUACCGCUAGCAUAUGGUGUUUUGGGCGUCCAGCUAUUCCAUGAGGUUGGACAUUUUCUAGCAGCAUUUCCCAGUAAAGUGAAGCUGAGUAUCCCGUACUUCAUUCCUAACAUAACCCUUGGCAGCUUUGGUGCAAUCACUCAGUUCAAAUCUAUUCUUCCUGAUCGAAGGGCAAUGGUCGACAUCUCAAUGGCUGGUCCUUUUGCUGGUGCUGCACUUUCCUUCUUGAUGUUUUGUGUUGGCUUGCUGCUUUCAUUGAACCCAGCUGCUGCUGGAGAUUUAGUGCAAGUCCCUAGUCUGCUCUUCCAAGGCUCGUUGCUGCUUGGCCUCAUUAGCAGGGCUGCACUUGGUUACACAGCUAUGCAUGCUGCUACUGUUUCAAUCCAUCCACUCGUGAUUGCUGGCUGGUGCGGUUUGACGACUUCUGCAUUUAAUAUGCUUCCUGUUGGAUGCCUUGAUGGUGGAAGAGCUGUACAGGGUGCCUUUGGGAAGAAUUUCUUGAUUGGGUUUGGCUUGACAACAUACUCUUUGCUUGGACUUGGAGUGCUUGGGGGGCCGUUAUCGCUUCCCUGGGGAUUAUACGUUCUAAUAUGCCAGAGAUCACCAGAGAAACCCUGCUUAAACGACGUGUCCGAGGCCGGAACAUGGCGAAAAACUGCCUUAGCUAUUGCCAUAUUUCUUGUUGUAUUAACUCUCCUUCCAUUAUGGGAUGAACUAGCAGAAGAGCUAGGUAUAGGCCUUGUAACUACAUUCUGAGGUGAAUAUUUUUGCUGUAUUGGACUUAUUCUAAGUCCUUUUUUUUGGGUCAAAUUUUAGCUACAAAUUGUAAACUUGUCACACCAAAUUUGUAACUGCGUAAAAAUGUUACCCCUUUACAUAAAAAAAAGGGUCUAAUAACGGUAAUAAAUAAUCACAUAGUUCUGUGUUUGAAUUA